AUGUUGCUUGCUCUGAGUUCUGUUCUUCUAGUGGCCAUUCAAGAUGGAAAUUCACAGAAACUGGGAGAAAGCUGUAUUGUAAAGCAGACAAACUUACGCGGUGUGUGCAUGGAAUCGUGUAAGUGUCAACCAGCAAUAGAAGACUAUCGGAUAAGAGGACUUAUUCCAACAUUUUGCGAUAGUUCCGGCGAUUCACCAAUUGUGUGCUGUAACUUGCCGGUUCUCAACACUCAAGAAUAUAAUGAUGCAACACCAAUUUUGAAGACAACGUUUUCAUCUGAGCAAAAUAUACAUAUACCAUUAAGUGAAAGAAUAGGUGAAAGCUGUAUAGUGGAAUACACAAACAGUCGCGGUAAAUGCACAGAGUCUUCAAAAUGUCAAUCUGCCAAACAGGAUUAUCAGAAAAGCGGUAUUCCACCUACGUUUUGCAAUCAAACCGAUACUUUGACGUUAGUGUGCUGUAGAGACGGCAUCACGAUUCUCGAUACUGAACAAAAUAGUGAUGAUAAACCAGAGUUGUCGAAUUCGGUUUUUUCCAACCAAAAUACAAGUCCACCGUUAAGUGAAAAAGAGGGUGACAACUGUACAGUGAUGCAGACAAACACACGUGGUGUUUGUACACAUGCUUCUAAGUGUCAAUCGGCCAUACGAGAGUACCAAUAUAACCGUAUUGUUCCAACAUAUUGCAAACACUCUGAUGAUUUACAGCUGGUGUGCUGCACAGAUGGGAUCACGAUUCUCGAUACUGAUGAAGUUGUAGAUGAGACGCCAAUUGUAAGGAGUACAUCCACUGAUGAAAAUACAACUAGGGAGAUAAUUAAAAAAGAGGGUGAUAGUUGUAUAGUGGAACUAACGGGUUCACGUGGUAUUUGUAUAAAAAGUGCAAAGUGCCAAUCAGCCACACAAGAGUAUCAACACAACGGUAUUGUUCCAACGUAUUGCAAACAUUCUGAUGAUAUACAGCUGGUGUGUUGUAGAGAUGGCAUAACAAUUCUCGACACUCAAGAAGUAAAGAACAAUACACCACUAUUAUUAAGGAGUUCAUCCAACAACGAAGAUGCAAAAGAUGUGCUAAGUCUAAAAAUAGGUGACACCUGUGUAGAGAAACACACGAACAGUCGUGGUAUUUGCACAGAAGUUUCUAAAUGUAUAUCAGCCCAACAAGAUUAUCAAAUAAGCAGUAUUGUUCCAACGUAUUGCAAAUAUUCUGAUGAUGUGCAGUUAGUGUGCUGUAGGGACGAAGUAUUGAUUGACAAAACUGAAAAGAAUGAAGAAUAUGACGACAAUUUGGACUUCAGGAGUUUGCCUACUUCCAACCAAAAAUCAUUUGUACCAUUGGAACAAAAAGUUGGUGAUAGCUGUUUAGUACAACAUAUAUUAGUCACACGUGGUGUAUGUACAGAGGUCUCCAAUUGCCAAUCUGCCGUACGGGAGUAUCUAAAUAGGUUUAUUGUUCCAACAUUUUGCAACAACACUGAAACUUCCCUAGUGUGUUGUAAAGACGGCAUAUCAAUUUUCACUCCUACAGAAAAGAACAAAAAAGAACUAGCAUCGAAGAACUCCUUUUCAGCCGAAGAAAAUACGAAUACACGAAUAAGUGAAAGAAAAUGUAAAGAAUACAGUGAGGGUUUAUUUCAAACUGUGGUAUUCAUAGCAUCGGGCGCCAGGUCCAUUUCAGCUCCCAAAUGUGAUUACGCUGGAGUUGGAUUGAUUGUAGGAGGAGAAAAUGCUAAUCAAGGAGAGUUUCCACAUAUGGCUGCAGUUGGAUGGAUAGGUUUCAAUGAUAAUUAUGUAUUUCAAUGUGGAGGUAGCCUUAUCAGUCCACGAUUUGUAUUAACUGCUGGACAUUGUACCAGAAGUCCAAAGAUGAAAGAACCUAAGCCGUCCAUCGUGAGACUUGGAGACCAGAAUCUUGAUCCUAGAGUUGAAGAUGGGGCCAGACCAGUCGAUGUACCGAUAAAAACAGUAUACAAACAUCCUCAAUACCAUUCCCCGGAAAAAUAUAAUGAUAUAGCUCUCUUCGAACUGAACUUGGAUGUUGAAUUUGAGGCUGCUAUAAGACCAGCUUGUCUUUGGACUAAGCCUGACUUUUCUGGACACACUAAGGCUAUUGCCACUGGUUGGGGAGUAAAUGAUACAGUUAAAAAAGAGCCAACUUAUGAACUUCAGAAAGUCUCUCUUUCGUUGUUGAAAAAUGAUUUUUGCGAAGUCCUUUUGGAAGAUACUCAUAAUAGGAAUUGGAAUGGAUUCAUUGAAUCGCAAAUGUGUGCUGGAGAGUUGCGCGGUGGAAAAGACACUUGCCAGGGUGACUCAGGAUCUCCACUACAAAUUGUUGCAAAAGAAAACAACUGUAUUUUUUAUAUCGCUGGCAUCACAUCGUUCGGUUGGAACUGCGCAAAGGCAGGCAGACCCGCGGUAUACACACGAGUCUAUAGCUAUUUGGACUGGAUUGAGUCUAUUGUAUGGCCGGAAGAA